CUGACAGACCAUACCGGAUCCCCGAAGCUCCGACAUCCUAGGCUGCGGCCUCGAAUGAGCGAGUGGGCGCCGUUCCCACAGCGCCGUCAAAUUUUUAGCUCAUCCUACUCCGCAUCGAGAGUACUCAACUCAACCACCUAACCUUGACUCUCUCCCGGACAGAGCUAACUUCGGCCGUUCACCUUCCUAACUUUCUGGCCUUGAUCCUUAUUAGUACAUCGGUUAUAAUAUACCUCGAUAACCGCCCGAACCUUCGGCAAAGUCUUGUCAAGGUUCUCCUGAGACACUGAGCAUUUGCUCCAGCUCAUUGCGACAUUCCCAAGACUUGAUUUCAUCCAAUGACACGGUAACCAUCCCGUCUUCGUGGAUUAUCUUUUGAGUCAAUCGCAAUUACUAUCAAACCAGAUGAGAAAAGGGGCACUUUCGCGUGCCUUGAUUUAGGCUAUUACUAAUACUGUCGCCGAUCUCUAAGAUAGAGUUGGGACCGACUGGACCCUAGGAUCGUGUCGCCGUUUCGCACAUGGUCCACAGCGUCCGUCGUUGCCUCAUUUGACAUAUCUUUGUGUCUCUGUUGCGCCGGCGACAGCCCGCGAUACUGCCCAAGAUGCCUGUUAUCGAUGGACAAAAAAUGGCCUGUGAGCCAUGCAUUCGCGGACACCGAUCAACCAAGUGUAAUCACUCAGGGGAACGUGUGAUGGUACCUGUCCGGAAGCCUGGCCGACCCCUGAGCACCUGCCCUCAUCCACCGGACAAGAAUUGCCCUUGCAGACAACGCGUAACGGCAGCGCUACCUAAAAGCGCGCCCUGCCGCUGCAGCGUUCCUCCCAAGCCAAACGGUGCCGCGAAUAUCGUCAAGGCCGAAAGUUCCGACAACGCGCCCUUGUCUUCGAUGAGACAUGGGUCAUUCCGAGUUCAGAAGUCCACGGCGCUGAAGCCAGGUCGAAAGCCAUCGGUGGACACUGCGGCCCUACAGCGCAUGAACGCUAACAGCUUGAACGUGAUGGGCGCUGGCAAUAUCUUGCCGGUAGCCCCAGAAAACACUAUCGGUCAGAUGAACUCUUUGGCGCAGUCCGGUUAUGCUCACUACGGACCAUCAUUGCAAAACGGACCAUUGCAGAAUGGACUAAUGCAGAAUGGACCAAUGCAAAAUGGAACAAUGCAAAAUGGAGCUCAUCAUUAUGCAUACCAAGGCGCCAACCCUACUACUGGCGGUAUCAUGAAUAUGCCUUUACUUCCCAUGAAUGGGGGCAUGGCAAGUGUAGGACCAGCUCCGUCUUCUAGCAACGGGAUUCCUGUCUCCUCAGACAUGGGCUCUGGAAUGCUCACACCCAGUACCUCUAACUCGGCGUAUCACACGCCAAACUCGAGUACUGGGGAAUCUUCAUCGCAAGAGCCUUCACUAAACGGCGUCGGAAGCUGCUGUUCUCGGCAACCCCAGCCCCAGCCGCACUUACAGGCUCAGCAGGCCCAAAUGCAGUUUCACGGACCAUUGACGACUGGACCUCAACAGCCGCCGAACAUGAUGGGAUAUAUGCCUGCAGGAAAUGGCCCCAUGGUGCAGCCAUUCCCUCAGCAAAUGCUGGGCAGCCAACAGUCAUAUUCGAUGAAUCAGUAUCAAGCACCAGACAUGUUUCCGGGCUAUCCUGCGCUUGGAACUCCCAACUUCCCGUUGCAGCAAUCACAAUGGGAACAACUUGCGGCAAACGUCUCGGUUGGAGCAAAUGGAAACGCCGGUACUCAGGGCCCCUGUACGGACCACGUGUGCCACUGCGGCCCAUCAUGCAGCUGUAUAGGAUGCAUCGUGCAUCCUUACAACCAGGCGACCCGUAACUAUAUCCAAGAAAUUAUGGAAUUCCAGAACGAUCCAACGAACGGUACAUUGGACGGCAGCAUGUCCGUAUCGGAUCCGCCGCUGGCGACGGGGGAGACAUCACAGACGCAAACUCCGCCCGACGUGGAUUCACCAGAAACGAACGAUCCCAAUCUUUCGCCCAGCGAAUUCCUGUUCGUGGACUACGGCGGUGCGAUGUGCGGAUGCGGCGACGGUUGCGAGUGCAUCAAUUGCGUGAUCCACCGCGAUCCCCAUAACAACAGUGUCCAGGAUGAUUCCUCGGAUAAUACGCCGAACUUGGCGUGAAUAUUUCUUUCAUUUUAUGCAUGGUUCGGCGUUCAUCCUAUGGGGUCUUUACUGGAGGCUUUAUUUGCAGCAAACGAUACAUCUAUAGACCAAAUGAUAUCCCCAAGGAUUAUAGGUGAAAGGCCCUGACGAGGAUUCGAGAAUCUUGGGCCGUAUAUUAGGU